CGUUGAUACUAUGGCCUAGGGGGAGGGGGUCAAGUUGGCUCUUGUAGUUUUGGAAAUGCAAUUGGAGCUUAUACUAGGUUUUAGUUAACAAUAAUCCAACGUUAGUUACAAAUUGGUUUUAGUUAUAAUUAAAAUUGUAUAUUUUCCCAACAUGUUUAUAACCAAAAAUUGCAUCAAUAAGGAAGAAACACUCAAAGAUGACUUGACCUUUGAACAACUUUAUUUAUUAAUAAUUAGUCUGAGGCAAAAAAAUUCCAACAAGGCUCUUUCUAGGCAGCUUCUUCUUCAUUGUCAGUCGUCACCUUCUUUUUCUUCUUUAUAAAGACACUCUCUCUCUUGAGUGCCUUUUUCUCUCUCUCCCCUUCCCCCUCCCUCUGAAUUUUCAUGGCUUUACUCUCAUCAUGUUGGCUAAUCAUCGAAUCCAUAGUGAUUCAAGAUGGUUUCCUGAAAUGGUCUUACAUGAAAUUAUACAUGCACCCUCUUGUUCUCUUUCUUUGCCAACUUCUUCUAUGGCUCACUCUCUUCUUUUUAUGGCUGGUCCCAUACUUUCAAUCGUCUUACAACUCCUUUUUAUCCUUCUUGGUCACGUUCUCUAAGCUAUUUAAUCGUUUUCUUCGAGUUAUUCUGAGUAGAAGGGAGGUUACUUAUAAUGUUGUGUCUAUGCAAGAGAUCAAGAACACCCAUGCUAAUUUGGAACUUUCUAGGAGAAUUCAUAAUCCUGCUCCUUCCUUUAGCUUUUCGUUUAAAGAUCAAGUUGAUAGUCAGUUAAAGGUUCUUCUAAUUCUCCAGGAAGGCAAGAUUCUUGAAGAUGAAGAUUUGUGCUCUCAACUUGAUCAAGAAGAUGGUGUUGUUCAUCAUCUUGAUGCUAAGGAAAGCAAGGGGGAAGAAGAAGAAGACACUAUUGACUUUUUUGAUGUCGUGAACGUGGAGAAUAAUCUUGACUUCGAACUUAAGACUUUGCCAAUGGAUCAAGAAAGUAAAUGUCCUUUAGCCAAAGAUGAUGCUGAUGAUGAUGAUGAAAAAGAUAUUGUUAACUCAGACGUGGAGAGUGAUCUAUCUUCUCUAGAAGCUAGUGAUAGAGAUCAACCCUCUCCUUUCUCUAUUUCAAGCUUUGAUUCACAGCUACAAGAUUCGACUGUGAUGGAGAAUCUAACUCAUCAAGAUGAAGAUGAUGAAACCAAUGAAGUAUACAAUCAAUACUGCGAAAGAAUGAAAUGGUACGACAUCCUCAGCCGCGAUAGAACCUAUGCACUAAGUGUGAUGAUGAACCAAGAAACGGCAAGUACCUUGAGCGUAUGGGGAAUAAAGGCAGAGAAGAGGCUAAAACAAAGCAUUGAGAAGGAUCUUGAGCUAGUUUAUCUUGCUCAAUCAUGUUUAUCAUGGGAAGCUCUCCAGCAUCAGUACAUAAAAGUGGGAGAUAGAUUGAAAGCCUCUGAUUCAGAAGGUGGGUCAUAUGACGAUGAUAUCUCUAAAGAAUUUCAGAAGUUUCAGGUUUUGUUAGAGAGAUUCUUGGAAGAUGAAAGGUGUGAAGGGAAAAGGGUAUUGAGCUUUGUUCAAAGAAGGUUUGAUCUCACGAGCUUCUUUCAAGUCCCAAGACUUUCAGGAUAUAAAAGAAAGGGACCACAUGAAGGUGAAGGAAGAGAAAGAAAUGAGAAACAAGUGCUGAAAGCAAUAGAGAGAUGUAUUACAGUCUUCUAUGACUUUGUGAGAGCAGACAUCAAGAGACCGUUUGUUUGGGAAAGACUUAAAACUUCACUCGUCAACUCUCCUCUUAUGGAAGUGGAAGAUCCUAGAGACAUUAAACUUUUUCUUAGCCUAAAAAAUUUACUCCAAAAGAAGGAACAAUCGUUGAAGGAGGUGCAAGGGAAGAAAAAGAAGAAGACUUGGUUUAAGAAGAAGAAAUCUCAUUACAUGGAAGAAGAUGAAACUGAGAAUGAUGAAAACUCUAUGUUGCUAACAUUUAUAAAGAUAGAGUUAAAGCUUGUGUCUAGAGUUUUACAAAUGUCUUUAGUCUCAUCUUCUCACCUCAAAUGGUGUCAACACAAGCUCAACAACAUUGAUUUCAAUGGUGGCAAAAUCUCUAGAAAUUCCUCACCUGUUUUAUUCCCAUCUUGAUAUUAUAAAGUACUGUUUUCACUUGUAACCAUUGUUUCACUUUGCCAAGUCUAUCACUUUAGUGUUACCUUA